AAUAACCCCUUAUCAGGUUGUGUACUGUGUGAUCUAGGCUAAGUGUCAGUCUCGGUGUGUGUCACGUACUUUUGGCCCAGUUACAUAAAGGCUAAAUGUCGUCCCAGCUCCACAGCGCACAAGUGCAGUUCGACCGUUUCGACAAAGCCUGACAAUCUUUUCUUUUCUUGUCUUUUUUUUCGUCGGUGUUAAUAAGAUGUCUCGACGUGCGGCGGACAGGCUGAAAAUUGUCCUGAAUCAUCUGGACCGGUCCAGCUCCGCUGUUCGCUCGUCCUUCACCUCAGCACAGACAGUGUCAUAUCAUCCUCGUUCACUUCGGUACACUCUGGACACAGAUGUCUUGAGUCCAGAACAGAGAAUUGCAUAUGAAGAAAAUGGAUUUAUCCUCAUCAAAAACCUGGUUUCAGAAGAAGACAUAGACCGGUUUAGAUCAGAGUUUGAGCGUAUCUGCAAAGGAGAAAUCAAGGUUCCUGGCUUGUUGGUGAUGAAAGAUGUGGCCAUUGCUAAGACUGAGUUUGUUCAGGAUCAAAAGGCUGUGUCUAAACUGCAGGACUUCCAGGAGGACCCAGAGCUGUUCCGUUAUUGUGCCUUGCCCCAGAUUCUGAAGUAUGUGGAGUGUUUCACCGGUCCCAACAUCAUGGCUAUGCACACCAUGCUUAUCAACAAACCCCCUGACGCAGGUAAGAAGACGUCUCGCCACCCCAUGCACCAGGACUUGCACUACUUCCCUUUCCGGCCAGCUGACCGCAUUGUGUGUGCCUGGACUGCUAUGGAGAAGGUGAAUCGGCAGAAUGGCUGCCUGGUGGUGCUGCCUGGAACCCACAAAAGCACCUUGCAGGAACACGAUUAUCCAGAGUGGGAGGGUGGAGUGAACAAGAUGUACCACGGUAUUCGCAACUAUGACCCCAGCCACCCCAGAUUGCAUGUAGAGAUGGAGAAAGGAGACACACUAUUUUUCCACCCUUUGGUCAUCCAUGGGUCAGGAAUGAACCAAACACAGGGAUUCCGGAAGGCCAUCUCCUGUCAUUAUGCCAGUGCUGACUGUUAUUACAUUGAUGUGAAUGGAACUUCCCAAGAAAACAUCAGUAAGGAGGUGACGGACAUUGUUACCCAAAAAUACGGAGCAGAUAUAUCUUUGUCCUUUGAGGAAACGUGGGCUUUGAGAGGGCGCCUUGUGCACGGAGAGAGGACAUCACUGUGACCCUUUUUUUCUUACUCAGAAACACACACUUACAAAAGUGAUUGAUGGUAAUUGGCAAAGCAGUAUUUUUGUCUGUGAUGUGUAGGUUUAAAAGCAAAGGGAGGUAAAUGAAGGUGGGAAAAUGCAGCAAAUUGACAUAAAUAAAUCUAAAUUUUCUUAACCCUUAUUCUGUGUGAUAGCCAUCAUAAAAUUAUAACUCUGAAUGGAGUUUCUACUAGGGCUGCCACAUGUAGUCCACAAAAAUCACUACAUUGUAAAAGAAUUUCAGUGUUUUUUGGUCAAUAAUGUAUUUAACACCUUAAAACAUUAAUAUUUUUGGCACAGAUUUCAGUACACUCUACACCCAAGGGGACAAUGUGUUUUUAGUCAUCUUAUGUCAAUUAUAAGAAGAAAACGUUUGUGGCACAGACAGAACAUUAAACAAUAACAGUCGCAAAGGGAAAUAACCUCAAGAAAGCAAGACCCAAAGUCACAGUGUGCCAAGCACAAUAUGAAAAAACAGGUAGUGCAAUUGCUCCAAAUAGUGGUGGAAAAGCCCUAUAUCAGCCAGUGAAAACAUUAGGCUGCAGACUGAAAAAAAGCCUUACAUUACAGUGAUGUUAAGAAAAGUGUAGUAAAAUAAAUGCCAUACUGCUGUAGCAUUAGUCAAAGAGAGGAUAAAAAUAAUGCACAGAAGAGUAUUAAAUUUGCUUUAGGAUGCUUUUGAGACAAUACAUUUCAUUAACACUUAAAUCUAUAGAAAAUAUCACAAAAAUAUUGGAUAUAAAAUAUCCAACUUUUGAUUCAGCAAUAAUUUCAACUGAGAAUUAAAUUUAUGAAUAUGAUUCUCUAGUUUAUUGUGCCUUUAUUUAAAUGUAUUUUUCACUAAAACAGAAACAAUCCUUAUUCGAUUAAUCGAAAAAUAAUCAAUAGAUUAAUGAUCAUAAAAUAAAUCCUUGGUUGCAACCUGAGUUUCUACCACAUUUUCAAUACCAAUUGUUAUGGAAUACAGAACAGAUAAGACAGUAGUUAGAACAGGUGUGCAAGUGUUGUUCAGUCAUCCUUCUCUGAACUGGCUGGGUAGCUAACCAGUGUGAGAAUCAGGCUGCUUAUUUCAACAUUUUUUAUGUGAUCAUUGGCAUGUAAAAUGGAGCAGUAAUGCUUUUUUAAAGGAACUAUAAAUGAAGUGGUUUCCUUUUAAGUAUGUGAGAGUAUUUUCUCAGAAUCAGAAUGGAAUGGGGUCUAUGCUCACGUCUACAUUGACAUUUAAGUGCAGGCCUUUUGAGGAGUUCUGUUAAUUUUUCUUCACCCAGUGUUGCCUUUACAUUGUGAAUGCUGCUGUUUAUAAAAAAUGUUUAGUACAAAUGCUGAUAUAUUUUUAAUCUGAAUGAUUUUAAUAAUUAAGUUAUAAUUGCUCUUGUUAUUUUGCAAAAAUAAAUAAAUUUUGGACACAA